AUGACAAAAAUGUUGUUUGCCCUCCUGACGCUCUGUUUUCUGAUCUUGAACAUCGACGCUGCAACAAAAAAACCAGAAGAAGGAAGAAACGUUCCUAGGUACUUGUAUGAGGAGUUCUUCCAACUUAUUAACCCUAAUCUGACAUGGAAUGCGACUAUGGCAAAGGACGCCGAUAGACAGUUAAGCGGCCAGCGAUGCUAUCCGCAGUUCUGGACGUUGUUAGUGAAAAGGAUGUUCGGAUAUCCCUUCAAAAAGGGAGAGCAUGUACUUUUAACCUUGGAAAAGGUCUUUACAACACCACAUCGUGUGAAAAGAGUA